AUGAAUCAUCAUCACAGGCCACCGAACUAUCCGCCACCGGCACCAACACCACGCACGAAUCAUUUUGUGCCCCGAGGAACCACUUCGCUACCACCACCGGGAACACCAUCACCUAGUGCCGUUGGAUUUACGAUGCCAAACUUCAACUUUCCACCACCGGCGAUUCCACUGGCAAUGACGAGACCACCACCACUACCGAGCGUUCCCUACCAUCGGCCAGAUCGUCCUGAGAAGAGCCAUUCCAGCAGUCCACAGCAGUCACAUCACUCCGCUCCACAGCACCAACCGUACAAACGCCAUUCACCACACAAACCGAGUGGAACACAAUAUCCUUCACAAGGAAGACGCUACGAAUCAUCGUCAAAUUCGGUGCCAUCAUCCCAUUCCGGUGGGUCUUAUAAACAUCCCUCAUCCUCCUCCUCCUCCUCGCAUUCGUAUUCUUUUUCGGGAAGUUCAAAACCUGCCCCAUACUCACGUUCUUCGGCAUCGAGAUAUUCAUCAAGCGGUAGAUCACAUUCGGUUCCUACAAGCUCCGACAGGUUGGAUCGAACGCGCUCGGAUCGGUCUGCUUCCUGUCGGCGAGAUUCGGAUAAAGCUUCUUCAUCCUCAGAACGGAACAGUUCUCGUCAUUCACGAUUCAAAGUGGACACCGAACGUGCUGAAAUCCUCUCGAAAUGGUGCCGCAAUUAUUGCGAAACUUCCGAAGACAUCGCACGCAAACUGGAAGAGCUGUCGUCCAACGAUGAGGACCGCACCGUAUGGGUACGCUCAUCCCCCGCCGAGCUGUACUACAAGCGUGUGUCGGAAAAAGUGGUCGAAUCAACGACGAGACUUGAUGCUCUUUGCACCCUGUUCGAUGGUGAACUUAUCCAGCGCGCAGAACGGAUUCGUGCUACACAGACACCGUACAAUCCACCACCACGGAAACGCAAGAUGAAGAUGUGUCGCCAUAGGCACGAUAAGUGCUCGUCCUCGUCCGAAUCAUCCGACGGUGAGCUGGAGUUUGAAGAUGAGUGCAGUAUGGAGGAACUGACCGCAAAGAUAAAGCACCCGCUACGAUUGCACGUGGAUUUGUGGUACAAUGAUCCGGGCGAAAUGAACGAUGGACCUUUGUGCCGGUGUUCGGCACGUUCUAGAAGGACAGGUAUCCGGCACGGGAAGUAUCCUGGAGAGGAAGGUUUCCCGAAGUGUCUGCCGAAUUCCAACAAUGCGGAUAAGCUGUACCAUUACCGAAUAACGAUCUCUCCGCCAACGAAUUUUCUCACCAAAACACCAACGAUCAUUAAGCACGAUCGGCACGAGUUCCUGUUUGAAGGAUUCUCCCUCCUAGCGCACGAACCCAUCGGUGAGCUGCCAACGUGUAAGGUUAUUCGCUUCAACAUCGAGUAUACAAUCCUCUACAUCGAGGAACAAAUGCCGGAAAACUUUACCAUUCGCGAGCUAACACUGUUCGAUCGAUAUCUCUUUCGGGAGUUGCUCGAACUCGUCGACUUUACCGUACAACCGUCCGGUUCGGGUGAGGAAAGUUCCUGUCCGUGUUAUCACUUCUUGCCGCGGUUUGUACGCGAUCUGCCGGAUAAUGGGAAGGAGGUACUCGCAAUGAGUGAGGUAUUGCGCUAUUUACUGGACAAUUCGGGCCCAUUAGUACCGCCCGACAUGCUCAAGGAGAUGAUGGAUAUGAGUCAGAACGAGUGGCAGGACUAUGUCGACUACGUGAAAGGAAUGGUCGUGACGAAUCCGGGCAUGAAACCUUGCUCCGUGCGAGUUGAUCAGCUGGAUAGGAAUGUUGGUGACGUACCGGAAGCAACGGCAAUCGAUGAGCAUGGUUUGGUACAUCCGGUGAUCGUCCACUUUGGCAUCCGGCCGCCCCAACUAAGCUACGCCGGCAAUCCCGAGUAUCAGAAAGCUUGGCGCGAAUAUAUAAAGUUCCGCCAUUUAAUUGCCAACAUGUCGAAACCUUCGUUCGAAGAUAAAAGGAAGCUGGAAGCGAAGGAGAACCGACUGCUGGAGAUGCGUAUGCAAGGCAGGAUGAAGCGAAACAUAACGAUCGCGGUCAGUGCGAAAGCUUUCCAUCGGACGGGCAUUAUGUGUGAUAUGGUGCAACACGCCAUGUUGAUUCCGGUACUUACCGGACAUCUUCGGUUCCAUCGAUCGUUGAAUGUGCUCGAACGGUACAUUGGAUAUACGUUUACGAAUCGUUACACACUUCAGCUCGCACUCACACAUCCAUCGUACAAGGAAAAUUUUGGAACGAACCCGGAUCACGCGAGGAACAGUCUUACGAACUGUGGCAUCCGACAACCGGAGUAUGGAGAUCGGAAGAUUCAUUACAUGAAUACGAGGAAGCGAGGCAUCAACACACUCAUUAGCAUUAUGUCCCGGUUUGGAAAAGAGCAUGAAACGGACAGUAACAUAACGCACAACGAGCGGUUGGAGUUUCUCGGCGAUGCGGUGGUUGAGUUCAUUACUUCUAUCCAUCUAUUUCACAUGUUCCCCGAUCUGGAGGAAGGGGGUCUCGCGACAUAUCGUGCCGCAAUUGUUCAGAAUCAACAUUUAGCCGUACUGGCAAAGAAGCUUCAUCUGGAGGAGUUUAUGCUGUACGCCCAUGGGUCCGAUUUGUGUCACGAGCUGGAGCUGCGUCACGCGCUGGCCAACUGUUUUGAAGCAUUAAUGGGAGCCUUACUCCUAGACGGUGGGAUAGAAGUAGCGGAUCGUGUGUUUGCUUACGCUCUCUUCCAAGAGGAUGACUCAUUGCGUGGCAUCUGGGUAAACUAUCCUGCACAUCCGCUUCAAGAACAGGAACCACUCGGCGAUCGCAACCAUAUCGAAUCAUUCGAGAUGCUCAAAACCUUAACCCGCUUUGAAGAUUCGAUUGGAGUUCAGUUUAAUCACAUCCGGUUGCUAGCAAGAGCGUUCACGGAUCGUUCGAUCGGGUUCACAAAUCUUACGCUUGGGUCCAACCAACGUCUCGAGUUCCUAGGCGAUACAGUGCUGCAGUUGAUCUGCUCCGAGUAUCUGUAUCGCCACUUUCCCGAACAUCAUGAAGGUCAUCUGUCGCUUUUGAGGAGCUCGCUUGUCAACAAUCGAACCCAGGCAGUAGUUUGCGAUGAUCUCGGCAUGACCCAGUACGCCGUCUACUCUAACCCGAAAGCGGAUCUAAAAACGAAAGAUCGGGCCGAUUUGCUGGAAGCCUUCCUGGGCGCCCUCUACGUAGAUAAAGGGCUCGAGUAUUGUGAGAUGUUUUGUCAUGUUUGUUUGUUCCCGCGGCUACAGGACUUUAUCAUGAACCAGGACUGGAAUGAUCCGAAAUCAAAAUUGCAACAGUGCUGCCUUACGCUGCGCACGAUGGAUGGUGGCGAACCAGACAUUCCCGUGUACAAAGUGAUCGAAUGUACGGGGCCGACGAAUACGCGCGUUUACUCCGUUGCGGUGUACUUCCGGGGGAAGCGUUUGGCGUGUGCGGAUGGACACAGUAUCCAGCAGGCGGAGAUGAAUGCGGCGAAACAGGCGUUGGAAAAUUCGAAAGAUCUUUUCCCACAACUCGAUCAUCAGCGGCGUGUGAUUGCACGAAGUCUCAAGCGUCAGAAGGUACCACGCGGUACUGGUGGUGGGCAAGGUGGUCGUGGAGGUACAGGCGGCACCACGGGUGGAACUUCCGGAGGGAAUGGUGAACAGGAAGGAAUCGGGGAAGAUGAGCUGGAAGAGGACGAAAUCACGCAAAGUAGCUCGGUCGAUCAGCAAUCGGAAGGUCUGGCAGCAAAGCGUACUCGAGAGGAAAAGAAUGCUUCAGUGUUUCUGCCAGAAUCGGCCCGUCUUCCUAAGCAGUAUCAGAUAAAUCGGAGGUCUCGAUCUAAUAGCGAGAGUAGUAAUAGUAGCUCCAGCAGUACUAGUAGUAGAGAUAGUAGCAGGAAGAGAGUAAGUAACAAAGAUCAGCAAGUCGUUGAUAACGUCGUCGCGAGUGACAUUAGCUCUGACACGGAAGGAUCGAUGGACUUUAACACGACGGGCGAAAAUGAAGAGACGGUAGCUGAGGAACCAGUGGAAGUAGUGGAGCAUGAUAUUGGGGCCCCAGUAGAAACGACAACGGCCACAGCAGUAAUCAAACCUCUCGAAAUCAAGCAAGAACCGUUGGACGAAUGCGACUACAGUUCCGUGUCGGAUGAUGACGAUCUAGGAUUGGACGAUAUUUCCGAUACUGAGGAACAGUUUCCAACUGAUGUUUCAGAUGAUAUUAAUAGCAAGGAAGUGCAGGAAGAAACAACUGAACCAAAUGUUGAACAUACUCUUCAGAUCGAAAAAGAGAUUAAGGUAGAACCGUUGGAUCCAGCGGAAGAAGUCGCCAUCGAUAGCACCACUGAUACUGAUGCUCCUACUACUACUCCUGUUGCUGCUACUGGCUACGUUAGCUUGCUGCAGGAGUAUCAGAUUAAGGUGGAAGGAACGGAUGAACUGUCGUCCGAUUUGGAGGCAGGAGAGAUUGAUGAAAGUAUGGAACAGUAAGUUU